CUCAGACAACAGAAGAGUUUAGGUUUUACUUCCAUGCAGCUGCUGGUGAAUGUUAAUAGUAACCGAUGCCAGGCCAGGGGCAGGGCAGCGCCGCCACGGAGCCCUGCGAUGACUUCACGGACCUGGACCUGACGCACUGCCUGCUGGGCACCUCGCUGUACGUCCGCCUGCUGCUGUACACGCGCUCCAACCCGCGCUGCGGCCGCGAGCUCAGCCACCAGCAUCCGUCCUCCGAGCCGCUCUUCGACCUCAGCCGGCCCACCGCCUUCGUCAUCCACGGCUACCGGCCCACCGGGGCGGCCCCCGUCUGGAUCGACCUGCUGGUGCGCCUGCUGGCCGAGCAGGAGGACCUCAACGUCAUCGUGGUGGACUGGAACCGCGGAGCCGCCAACCUCAACUACUUCAUCGCCGUGGCCAACACGGGCCAUGCCGCGCACAACCUCACCGCCUUCAUUGUCAACAUGCAGGAGGAGGGGGCUUCGCUGGACGCAGUGCACCUGAUAGGGGUCAGCCUCGGCGCUCACCUCGCCGGAUUCGUCGGAGCCAACCUCAAAGGAAAGAUUGGACGAAUCACAGGCCUCGACCCGGCGGGACCCAUGUUCACCAGCGCCACCGAGGCAGAGAGGCUGGACCCGUCGGACGCCAUGUUCGUGGACGUCCUGCACACCGACAUGGACUCGUUUGGGCUCAACGGCGCGCACGGUCAUAUUGACUAUUAUGCAAAUGGUGGAGCUGACCAGCCAGGCUGCCCUAAAACCAUAUUCUCAGGAAAAUCUUAUUUUGUCUGUGACCACCAGCGCUCCGUGUUCCUCUUCCUGUGCAGUCUGAACCGCACGUGCUCUCUGACCGGCUACCCGUGCGCGUUCUACAGUGACUUCCUGGAUGGGCGGUGCCUGCAGUGCGAGGCCUUUAAGCCCGCCCCCUGCCCUGUGCUCGGAUAUGACGUCAGCAGGUGGAAGGAUACGCUGUUGGGAUUGGGUCAGACCAAGGCCUUCUUCAGCACCACCGCCACACUGCCCUACAGGAAGGCGAGCUACAGGGUGGACAUGGUGACAUGGAACCAGUACCUCCGCUGGGGGGCGGUGUACAUCAGACUUUACAACGGCAGGAACUUCACAGAGACACGCAUCGACCACAAGCUGUUCCGCUUCGAGCAGUACACUACCACGCGGCUGCUGGCCCAGUUUGACGAGGACGUCCACCCCGUCCAGAAGGUCUCCAUGCGCAUUGCCAUCGGCAACGUGAUGGGCCCGCGUUACAAGAUCAGACUGCUGCGCAUACGGCUGAUACCCCUGGACCGGCCCGAGAGGCCCGCCCUGUGUCGCUACGACAUUAUCAUGGAGGAAAACAUGGACGUGAUGUUUCGACCCCUCCCAUGCGACGCGCACCUCUGACACCUUUCAAACAGAGGCCCGUUCCUCCUGAAGCACACGGGCACCAUCACCACCACGCUAUACUGUACAGAACCACAGAACAAGACAACAAUCCUACACAGUUGGCCCCUGGGAGCAAAACCAGAGACCCUGCAGGUUGCAUGUAACAGGGUUAAAACCGGUGGUGGUGGAGGUGGUAAACAUACAAUCAAAGGAAUAUAACAGUGGUAAAGCCACUGUCUUGAGGGUUCAGGUGGGACAAGGGUCAAGACAGGUGAUAGUGUGGGAAACUAGCUAAACCCUGCCUACAAGUCUUCACUGGGAUCGACCAAAGUGAGCGUUGACCUGGUUUGAUAUAUCUUGAUGAUACCGCUUUAUCUCCAAUAUCUGUCUGGGUGUCCCUGGAAAAGUUGGAAACUUGCAAUAUUGAGUUAAUCUAGGACAGAAGAAACUGAAAAAAAAUCAACGGAUGGAAUGUGGAGGCCAUAUAUUAAAUAUUAUUUUCCUUUUGAGACAGUCUUUUAAUAAUUUCAAUGGAGUGGAAAAAUCAAGUCCAAAUACAGCUACCGCCGCGCCUUAUCCCAGUUUUCAACUUGCUCUUUUUUAUCUGCCGACGAGAAACCGAACUGGUACUACUGACAUGACUUUUGUUACUAGUACACAAAAUGGGGGACAACUGCCAUUUCAUUCAUAAUUUUCAAUAAGUUGAAAUAUAUUUUUUAUAUACACCUUUUUCAUAUGGAUCAUGAUUCAACAUAUGUUCUACCUGAAUGAGUAAAAUUGUUUACUCAUUAUCAGAUUGCAAUGCUGCAUUGAUGUUGCCUCAAGAAUUUUCCAUAGAGAUGUUUGUUAAUGUUAACAGUUUAAUUCAGUAUAUAUUAAAGAAUGGAGCAGCAUUAAAUCAAUUGUUGAACAUGAUUUGUUUUUAUAAAGACCAAGAUUUGAUCUUCAAAACAUGUUUCAUACA